AUGUUCGCCUCUUCGCUCCGUUCUGUUGCUCGCAAUGGCCCCGUGGUGGCCCGCAGCUUCAGCUCGACCGCCGCUACAAGCGCUGCCGAGGUCAAGUCGCUCGGCGUGAUCGGUGCCGGCCAGAUGGGUCUGGGAAUUGCUCUUGUUGCUGCACAGAAGGUUGGAAUUCCUGUGACUCUGAUCGAUAGCUCACAAGCCUCGUUGGACAAGGGCCUUAAGUUCGCCGACAAGCUCCUUGAGAAGGAUGUGUCCAAGCAACGUAUUACCCGGGAAGCCGCCGAUGCCGCCCGCGCGCUGCUCAUUCCCAGCGUGAAGAUGGACGACCUGUCCUCGGUAGACUUUGUCAUUGAAGCCGUCCCUGAGAUUCUGGAUCUGAAGCAGACCAUCUUUAAGAACCUUGCACAGAUUGCGCCCAAGCAUGCCAUCCUGGCGACCAACACCUCGUCCAUCUCCAUCACCAAGAUCGCCGCGGCAACCACCACGAACCCGACAGACCUGCAGGCUCCGUCGCGGGUGAUCUCGACCCACUUCAUGAACCCCGUCCCCAUCCAAAAGGGUGUGGAGAUCAUCCGAGGUCUGCAGACCUCACAAGAGACCAUGGACACCGCCAUUGCUUUUGUCCAGCGCAUGGGUAAGGUGGCCUCGGUGUCUGCCGACUCGCCCGGCUUCCUGGCGAACCGCAUUCUCAUGCCCUACAUCAACGAGGCUGUUAUCUGUCUUGAGACCGGUGUCGGUGGCCGCGAAGAUAUCGACAGCAUCAUGAAGACUGGUACUAAUGUCCCCAUGGGCCCUCUGACGCUGGCUGAUUUCAUUGGCUUGGACACUUGCCUGGCUAUCAUGAACGUGCUUCACCAGGAGACUGGUGACAGCAAGUACCGACCUGCUGGUCUCCUGCGUCGCAUGGUGGAUGCUGGUUGGAUGGGCAAGAAGACCGGCAAGGGCUUCUACGAUUAUUGA